AUGAGGUGGCUUCAGACCUCCGUACGAGCCCCAGCCGUGGCUCUGGCCGCCUUGGUUUUGGCAAAAUGCUCAGCCAGCGCCGUGAACUCUACACCUGCGUGCGAAAUCCCCACCGAAUCAGGCGGUUCUAUGCUCGUUACCUCGACUUGUAUCGAUCCUCUCUACGAGAACCCUGUGAUCGACGUCGAGUCCGACGAAACAGCCCCGGGCCCUCACUACCGCGUCUCGGGUCACUUCUUCAACACGUCCACUCGAUUCAACUUUUACUUCCCCCCCAAGGACACCUGGGAAGGGCGGUUUCUCCAAUUUGCGUAUCCGACCCAGUCCGAGAACGCGACCAACGAGACCAUCGGCUUCGGGCUGGACAGCAACGCUUACACCGUCCAGGUGACCGGCACGAACGGUUACCGCGCUGAGGCUGCGGCGGCAAAGUUCUCCAGGGUGGUCGCCACGCAGCAUUACAAGACCGGCAACACUACCCGCAUCUAUGGCUAUGUCUACGGUGGUAGCGGGGGCUCCAACCAGGUCAUUGGCGGCAUUGAGAAUACCGUCGGAAUCUGGGACGGCGCUGUUGCCAUGGUGCAGGCCGUGCCCGUCUCUGCCCCUAACGGUCCGUCUGUCAGAGCCAUGGCGGGACUUGUCUUGCGCAACAAGUCGGCCGAGAUCCAAGAGGUCCUUCGACCAGGUGGCAACGGAGACCCCUUUUCCAUCCCGACCCUGACCCAAGUCGAGCGAUCGAUGCUACUCGAAGUCACAGAAUUCGGCGUGCCCGUCGGGACUUGGGAGCACUUCAACGAGGUGGCCAACAGUUCCACGUUGAACAUUUUAAAGAACACUUUUCUCAAGACUCUCGACUCUACCUACGCAGACGAUUUCUGGUCAAAGCCGGGCUACCUCGGAACCGAACAGAGCCCCCUCGGCGACGUCAUUAGAGGCGCGCUGGUUGACUUCAGCACGACUGUUCAGGGCGUCGAGCGGGAUGGCAGUGGGAUGCCGGUCAGCAUCGUGCUGGGCACCGCGCCAGCAUCUGUUGCCGACAUAUAUGGCUACGACUUGACCGUCUUUGGACUCAACGGGACUAAGCUGGGAGUCAUCAGCGGCACCUUGUACACGCACAGCAAGACCAUGGCGUUCAACGACUCGACAGCCGCCGCCAACGACCGUACUAUUCAGAAGCAGCUCGCCGAGGGCGCCAGAAUACAGAUCGAUAACAGGUGGUCCCUUGCCGCGCACCCGUACUAUAGACACCAGGUCCCGCAACGAGCGGGCUUCUACGGGUUCGAUCAGUUCCGCACAGCGAACGGCACCCUCUACCCACAGCGCCCUCUUGACACGUCAAAGCUCCUGGCCUCGUCCGUGGCCGGCGGAGGCCACACCGGCGCGAUAGGCUGCAAGCUCAUCGUCGUCCAGAACCUCAUGGAUAGCGAUGCCUUCCCCUGGCACGCGGAUUGGUACAAAUCCCAGGUGAAGCAGCAUCUCGGCGACCGCUUCGACGACAACUACCGCCUCUGGUACAACGACAAUGCGGAGCACUACUACGAGGAGCGCCCCCUGAGUCGCCUCGCCAUUAUCGUGCCGUACAAUGGCAUCUACCAGCAAGCCCUCCAGGACAUGAUGUCCUGGGUCGAGGACGGAGUCCCCGCGCCUGACGCGACCUCGUACACCGUCUCCGCCGACGACAACUCGGUCCAGCUUUCCCCCUCUGCGGCCGAGAGACGUGGCAUCCAGCCAGUUAUUGACUUCUUGGUCAACGGCGGCCGCCACUGCAACGUGAAGCUGGGGGAGGCGGUCACGUUUCGUGCCACCGUUGACACGCCCCCCGGCACGGGCGAGGUGGUGGAUGUCGAGUGGGAUCUCUUCUCGACGGGGACGUUCUCCCACCCUGGGCCUGCCAUCGCCCCUAACCAGACCGUCCGUGUUGAGCACACGGUCACUUACAACACCACCGGUGACCACGUCGCCAUUGUACGGGCCACUUCUCACCGUAAGGGAGACCCAGGAGCGGCUUACGGCAGAGUGAUGAACCUAGCUCGUGUCAGUGUCGUCGUGGAGUAG